AAUUAAGUGAGAGAACAGAUCGGCUGUGUGACCUUGUGGCUACGAGUGCGAGUGUGCGACUGCGAGUACUGUGACUGCAAAACGACUUCACAACCUCGAUGCCGACGUCUCUCAAGCGUGACUUCUUGUUUCCUCAUUUUUUUACCUUCAUUAUUCAAUCUUCAACUCUUCAACAGAUAACACAUGCUCCUAGAUUUCCUAUUCUUUCAGAGUUGGCUCGUGAUGUGUUGGCCAUUCCAAUUUCUAGUGUAGCGUCGGAAUGUGUGUUUAGCACCGAUGGUCGUAUUCUUGAUUCAUUUAGGAGUUCAUUGACUCCUAAAUGGGUGCAAACUCUUAUUUGUGUUCAAGAUUGGUUUAGAGAAGAGAAGAAUCCUAUUAGUGUUGAAGAAGACUUGAAGUAUCUUGAGGAACUUGAGCUUGAUAUGGAAAAUAAUGGAAGCACUACUACCAUUAUUUGAUCACUUUGAUGUAUAGUUGCAACUUGAGUGGUUCAAGUUCAAUCAUGCCCCGUGCUCCUAAAGUACGCUCUCAUGUUUGGGAACACUUCCAGAAAUCCGUAUUCAAGACUAAGUUGAUUUUGUUGCUACUUGCCUGCUUAUUAGUUAAACUUACAACUUUAUGUUCUGCAGAAUGGCAGUAGCCAGUUGUUUUGCAAACUUUGCAUAAUGUUGUUGCUGUGACUUGUGAGCUUGUGACACUUUAGUUAUUAUUACUUAAAGUGUAAACUUGAAUUCUGUUUGGCAGGUUUGUCUAUGUGUUUUUGUUGCAUUGUGUUUAAUGCUGCUGCUACUCAUUAGUGGUAGCAUGAUUCAUCUGCGUAAAGUGUAAGUUUGAAUUAAAAUUUCUACUGCUGGGUUGCUGCUCA